AUGCCUCGAGACCCCCUCAUCGGCCUCGUGGGCAAGCCCAGCGCCGGCAAAUCAAGCACCCUCAACUCCCUCACAGAUGCCUCCUCCAAAGUUGGUGGCUUCACAACCAUAGACCCCCAACGCGCAAUAGGCUACCUCCAAAUUGACUGCGCCUGCACCCGCUACAACCUAACCGACAAAUGCAAGCCAAACUACGGCUCCUGCGACAACGGCCGCCGCUCCGUCCCCAUCGAGCUCCUCGACGUAGCCGGUCUCGUCCCCGGCGCGCACGAAGGCAAAGGCCUCGGUAACAAAUUCCUCGACGACCUCCGCCACGCCGACGCCCUCAUCCACGUCGUCGACGCCUCGGGCACCACCGAUGCAGAAGGCAAAGUAACCCGGGGCUACGACCCCUCCGUCGACAUCGCCUGGUUACGAAGCGAGAUUGUAGCCUGGAUCAGGGGGAAUCUCAUGACGAAAUGGGGAAGCAUCAAAAGAAGACACAUCGCCGUCAAGGCGACCGCAGUAGAAACCCUACAGAACCAGUUCUCCGGGUACGGGAGAGUGGAGUGGUUUGUUCCCCCCCCCCCCCCCCUUUGUUUUUUUUUCCUUUUUUUCCUCCUCCUUUCUAAUAUGGCAAUAGAUGAAACCAUCGACCGCGUGGUAAACGCUUUUACAGAUGAGAAAUUCCCCACCGUCAUCGCCCUCAACAAAAUCGACCACCCCGAUGCGGACAAGAACAUUGCCAAAAUCGCCAAGCAGCAAGACCCCAAUUCGAUCGUGCUCUGCUCGGCCAUUUCGGAGAUUUUUCUCAGGAAGAUGGCCAAGCAAGGCUAUAUCCGCUACACGGAAGGAUCAGAGUUUGUCGACACGAGAGAGGACUUGAUAGCAGAUGGGGAUCCGGACGGUGGUGGGCUUAAAGAGCUCGACGAGAAGAACAGGAACAGGAUAGAGAACCUCAAGGAUAUGGUUCUCUACCGGUUUGGGUCUACGGGCGUGGUGCAUGUCCUGACGAAGGCGGCCGAGAUUCUGGGGCUUGUGCCGGUUUUUCCGGUGAGGAAUAUUGCUACCUUUGGGUCGGGGGGUGUGGGGGAGGGGAUGGGGAGUAAUAAGGGGGUGUUUAGGGAUUGUGUGCUGGUGAAGAAGGGGUCGACGGUGGGGGAUGUGGCGAGGAAGGUGAUGGGGGAUGCGCCGAUUGCGUAUAUUGAGGGGGCUGGGGGGUUGAGGGUUGCGGAGGAUCAGUUGGUGGCGGUUGGGAAGAACGAUAUUUUGUCUUUCAAGGUUGGUAAGUAG